CGUGAUACCAACUUAACUUUGUAUUUUUGUUACUCACUUCAUAGAAACCUAAUUUGUCGUUAAAAAUAAAUAUAAAAGAGUUUAUCAAGGUCCUCACAAUUAAAGCAAAAAUUCCUGGUAUAUGAUUCUCAAAAAUAUAAACGAAAUAAGGAUAAAUUGUAUCUGAUUGUUAGAAGCAACUUCAUGUUUCAGCAAAAACAUCAACCAUCACCACAGCGGUAGAAAGGACAAUAAUUUUUCGUUGACGCAAAAAUUAAAAUAAUUCACAUGAUUAAAAUUUGAUAUAACAAUCAUUGAUUUAUUUAAAUCCGUUCGAACAAUAAGUAUUGGUGUAUUUAAACAGUAGUAAACACUUCAUUAUUGUUCACAGAUAAUACUAGAAAUAAGGACUUACCAACAUUUUGACGAAGACUUCAAAUAAAAUGUAUCUGCCAAAUGCAAUUUUAACACCAAAAGCAUUCAGAUUUAUUAAAGGGAACAGCCAAAAUAUCUUUGUUUCAACAUGUUGCCUAGACAACUAGUCGACCAUUUUAAGAUCAGAUUGCAUAAAAAACAAUAAUAAUUAGGAAUCGUUAUCGAAUGUAAAACGCCAAUUCAUUUCUUAUGUAACAAUGACUUCCCAUGAAAGAUUAAUUGCGGAAAGAGAAAUCGUCUCCAACAAAAUAAACAUGUUAAUUAACUUUGCAUAAUUACUUUUAAUUAUGCAACAUAAUGUCACACAAACAAAUAAAAAGCCGAGGAGCCUUUCAAACAACAAAUCAAAAAUUUCAGAAGCAGAAGAAGGAGUAAAUUCGAAAUGAAGUGUGUGUUAUCAACGCUAGCAGUAGCGUUAUGUAUUUUUUCGUUGACGUCUGCAUUAGAUAAGCGUUAUUUUAUUCCAUUUGGAGCAGAGAAUGGAGACGAAACAUUGGUUGAUCUGAGUAAGGGCAUUGGAUCUAGUAAAAGUGACGACGGAACAUUUCUUGUUGAUGUGGAGCACAUUCCAUUUUUUAAUAUGACAUCAAAUACUAAAAUUCAAGUAAGUUAUAAUUAACUAGGAUUUUUGUUGUUAAAUUUUUUCCUUUAAAAGCACUGAAAUCAGAAUUUUCAUUGUAUGAAUAGCAAACGAAAUCUCCGUGAUUUUUUUAUAAUUUGCUGCCUUGAAUAUCAUAAGAGUAUUACACUCUAAAGAUUUAAAGUAGAUGGAGAGUUUGGUUUUCUUUACGACAAACUUAUCAUUUUUCACUGAUGUUAGUUAAGAUUUCAUUGACGAAAGAAGUUCUCCCUUCACACAAGAACAAAUCGCAUAUGGUUUGUACUGGAGAAGUACUUUAAAAGGAGUUAACGCUUUGCGCUGUGUGGGCUUUGUAUGCUUAUACUAUCAAGAAAAAAUAAAAAAAAUAUUUCUUCUGUUGUCAAGAAAAAAAGUAAUUAAUUUUAAAAAAUAUUUUACUUUACAGAUAAGUCCAAAUGGUUUUAUCACAUUCUUCGAGGGGUCAAUUCUUAACCCUUCUACGCCAACACCAUUUCCAAGAUUACUUCCAUCUGGCAUGGCAGCUCCUCAAAUUGCUAUUUACCAUACAGAUCUACUAUUUACGAAUCACAUGAUGUCCAGACUAACCUAUCAAAUGCAUAGAAAUGGGAUAGCUAUCUCGCAAGUACAAAAUGAUAUAAUGUCAUCCUUUGGAAAAAGUUUCACACCAACUAGAGUGCUUGCAGUAACGUGGAAAUACGCAGAACCAUUUGACGCUGUGGUACCAUAUACCCAAAACGCAACCUUUCAAUUGGUUCUGGCUACAGACGAACAAGAAACUUUCCUGUUUUUGCAUUAUGGUGAGCUGAACAUCAAGGACUUCCGACCAACAGUUGUAAGUAGUGUGUGGAUUUUUUACCCUUAUACGAGUAAAAGAAUCUGUCUUUUCUUUAAGCUCUAGCUCACCUAUCCUCCUAACAUAGUACUAGUAUCAUAAAUGUAGAAAAAUGUAGUAAAAAAUCCAAAGCAUAAAACUUUUUACCAUUUGUUAAGUUAGCAAAUAUUUCCACCAGCUACUAAUCUCGUGCCAUCUUCUUCGUCCUCACCAAUUUAUUAGCCGAACAUCUUUACAUCUCGUAGUGAUACUGCUCAAAUUUAAUAGGUGCUAUGACAUGUUAAAUGUUUUUAUUAGGUCGGCUGGCAAGGACCAUACCCUUCAAACUCAUUCACACAUAGAUUGAGUCAGUUAGUGUCGGACCCCAAUGACGCAACCAUUAACAGACCAAUGGAAUUGCAGAAAGAAUCCAACGUUGGAAUGCCAGGAAAAUGGAUUUAUGGAGUAACCCACAAGUAUACCAAAGUACUAGUUGCCACAACCACAACUUUUUCAAAUGGUACAACCAUUACCACUUUUGCCAACGGUACGACUCAUAUAACCACUACAACUGGUACAACUGGCACAACCGGAACAACCGGAACAACCGGAACGACUGGUACCUCCGUUAUGACGUAUUCAAACGGCACUACCAUUACCACUUUUGCGAACGGUACGACCGUUAUAACCACUAUGACUGGUACAACUGGCACAACCGGAACUACCGGAACAACCGGAACGACUGGUACCUCCGUUAUGACGUAUUCAAACGGCACUACCAUCACCACUUUUGCGAACGGUACAACUGUUAUAACCACUAGGACUGGUACAACUGGCACAACCGGAACGACUGGAACGACUGGUACCUCCGUUAUGACGUAUUCAAACGGCACUACCAUUACCACUUUUGCCAACGGGACGACCGUUAUAACCACUAGGACUGGUACAACUGGCACAACUGGCACCACUGGAACGGCUGGUACCACCGUUAUGACGUAUUCGAACGGCACUACCAUUACCACUUUUGCCAACGGGACGACCGUUAUAACCACUAGGACUGGUACAACUGGCACAACUGGCACCACUGGAACGACUGGUACCACCGUUAUGACGUAUUCAAACGGUACCACCAUUACCACUUUUGCCAACGGGACGACUGUUAUAACCACUAGGACUGGUACAACUGGUACAACAGGAACCACCGGGACGACUGGAACCACCGGAACAACGGGAACAAUUAGCACUGUAUCAUACAUGCAAUAUUUUAUUUCAUUUGGAUCAGAGAAUGGCGAUGAAGUAUUAGUUGAUAUUAGCAACGGAAUUGGAGUAGGCAGUCAAGACGAUGGAAUAUUUUUUGUUGAUGUUGAACACAUCCCCUUCUUCGAUUUGACAUCAAAUACCAGAAUUCAAGUAAGAAAAAUACCUUAUUUCUCAAAGCUGAGGAUAAUUAAGUAAAAGUCCUUUUCGAAAAUACU